GAGGGAGGAGGUGCUUGUGUCAAGCUCAAUACAGUAGCACGGACUGGCAGAGAAUAGGGAGAGACUGAGAGUGCUGGGAGGAGGAGGAGGCAGACAGGCAAGGGUGAGGGACUGAGAAGGAAAGGGAAAAUAACAGACAGACUAGGACAAACCAGACAUUGGCACAGUGAACUGAAAGGGCAGGGGGUUGUUUGUGCAGGUGCAGGUUGGGCUGAGCAGGGACAGAAAUCAGACAGACAGUGGGGUCAGUGUUGACAGACAAGACAUGGAAGGAGCCUCAUUUGGCGCUGGCCGGGCAGGUGGAGGAUUUGAUCCUGUGGAAUUCCUGAAGCAGCCCCAGACCAUCCUGAGAAUCAUAUCAUGGGUGUUCUCCAUUGUGGUUUUUGGUUCAUUAGUGAACGAGGGAACAAUUAACGUGGAAACCCCUGAGCUCUAUUGCAUCUAUAACCAAAAUGAUGACGCCUGCAACUACGCCAUCACUAUCGGAGUCGUCGCUUUCUUCGCGUCCACCGGCUUCUUCGUUCUGGAUAUCUACUUCCCGCAGAUCAGCAGCGUGAAGGAUCGGAAGAAAGCGGUGAUGAUCGAUAUGGGAUUCUCAGCGGUAUGGACCUUCCUGUGGUUUGUGUCAUUCUGCUUCCUGUCUGACCAAUGGCGGAAGACGUCUUAUCCAGUGCACCAAGGAGCUGACGCCGCCAGGGCCGGAAUUGUUUUCUCCUUCUUCUCUAUCUUCUCCUGGUGUGCACUAGCGGUGAAAGCAAUGCAGAGAUACCGUCUAGGAACCGACAUGUCCCUGUUUGCCGGGGACCAGAUUGGAUCUGCGCCCAACGCCGGAUACCCAGGGUACCCAACAGGCAGCGGGAUUGAGAGCACCACAGACACCUAUCAGAGCCCUCCUUUUACCGAGAACAUGGACUCCAGCACAAAGGGCUACCAAGUGCCGUCUUACUGAAGCCGAAGAGGAACGCGAGGAUGUUUGGCUACAGAAGGAGCAGCUGUGCUGAUGGGAGGGAAUCGGCUGAAAACUCAAGUGUUCUACUUUCUAGAUGUGAUUUCCAGUGCUGGGUGAUUUGUUCUAUUAGCUAGAUGUACAGUCCACUCUGUACAGUGGUCUCGAUUGCUUGUGUGUGAUAUCUUCAAAGGGGUUUAAAAAUACAGUGUUCUCUCUAAGGCCUGUCAUUGGCAGAAGCUCUUUGCUGCCCUACUGGUUUGCAAAUGGAUUCUUCCUGCAGAUACCUCUUAUAAAGCCAAUAUUUUAGCCAGGAAGGAAUAUAAAAUAAUAAUAAUAUAUUGUUCAUCUAAACAUCAUCUAAACAUCUCCCUCCCCCCACGCAUCCAUUAUUUUUAUUUUAAAAGGGCCACUAUACCCUUAGGUGUUCCUACAGAAUUGCAGUUAAUAGAGGGCAGGACCUAAGCGAUAGGGCUACAAGAGAACAAGGGGGGGUUUCUCUGCUAUUAAAAAUGCCAGGAAUGGUUUGGCUAGCCCCACCGCCAAUGAUACCCUGAAUUUCUAUGCCAUGCCCCUUUCGGGGUGCCCGGCUAUAACACAACCAGGGAGGACUAUGGGAGGUGAUCAGGACGUCAGCCUGACGCUCAGUAAACAAUGAACUUGCCAGCUGAGCCAGUGCCACCUUCAUAGAAGCUUGUGGGCAAUACAGCAAAAGCAAACUACUCACACUGACGGUAUAGGGGUCCUUUUAACAAUACCCAGAAUCAUGAAUUAGGGAUUUACUGGUCUUCCAUUUCCAUCAUCUGGAAUUCCCAUUCUCGUAUUCACUAGAUUGUUUACAUGUUCCAAACGCCAAGCAGUAACAUAAUACAUUCGGCACCCAAGGAACCAA